AUGCUGUCGGCGCCGGAAGGGUUUGCCACGCCAGACUCGCGAGCGCCCACCGCCGCAGAGCAACGGCAGCCUGGCCGCUUCGCCGGAUGGCCUCCCCUGGCGGGCCCACUACGAGAACGAACCAACUCACGCGUGUACGUGCCCUUGCUAUUAGCAGCGGCGGGGCUGCUUGACCAGCAGGAGGCGGCGGGAUGGAGCACGCACCCGCUCACGCACGACUGGUGGCAGCCGACAGUGGAGGCCUUGCAGCAAGCGGACCCCGUGCCAGCGGAGACCUUCGCCCAAGGGCUGGAGUUCGCAGGGGCCAGCCCAGGGGCGAUAUAUGCCGUGAUCGCCGCUGGGGGCGGAGCACGCCCUGGACACGUGCACCUGCCGCCUGUGGUCAGAGCGCUGGCGGACAGCGCUGGCUACAUCGACAACCUCGCCCAUGACCUCUUGCUCGAGCUCUUCGGGGGGGUCGUGCUGGCGCGGGGGGUCGACCGGCGCGCAGACGAGCUCCGCGACCCGGCCAGCGAGAGCGAGGAGGAUAUUGAGGACAGCGCCUCCAGCAACUCUGGCCCCGCGCUGCCCGCGCCGCUGGCCCAGCCCCGCCGAGACGGGGGCGCGGGACGAGCUGCUCCUCCCCGGGCGCCCCUGGGGCGCCGCCCCGCCCACGCCCGCGCUCGCUUGACGGCGGCAGAGAGGGAAGCGCUGGACGCGACAGACGCAGCAUCUGUGCUCCGGGCCCGCGUGCCAACCCUCCAACGGGCGCCAGCGUUCGCGCGGGGGCCGUUCCGCAACGCCUUGCGCAAGGCUUUGGAGCUGAUCCGAGAGGGCGAAGCAGACGAGACAGGAGCAGCGAGAGGGUGGAAGCUGUUCCUCCUGCUCCCACGACUGCUCUUGAGGAGAGAGGCGGGGCAGCAAAGGAUCCCCAAGGAGCAACUCCUGGAGAGGUUCACCCGCUUCGAGGCUGGAGACUGGGCGCAGCUUCUGACAGAGGCACAGCCGGGCCCGCCGCGCAGGCCGCCCGAGCGAGACGCGAACGGGCAGAGCAGGGCGCCCGAGGCACGACGGGGCCGGGCGCCAGACGAAAACGAGGAGCUCCGCAGCCGCUGCGAGAAGGCCCGCGAGCUGAUCCGCCUCGGCGAGGUCUCGGCGGCGCGGCAAGCGCUGACAGCGAGCGCGGUGGCACCAGGCACACAGGCCACUCUGGACGAACUCCGGGACCCGGCACGCCGCCUGCAGCGGCCGAGAGAGCAGCUCAGCGAGCGAGCCGCCCGCGCGCCGCCGCAAGGCCUCGCCAGCCUGGAACCAGACCGCCUCCUCACGAACGUGCGCAGGAGGAUGACGGGAGAACACUUGCAGACGCUGCUGGACGACGAGCACUGCUGCGACCUCCUGCACCACGCUGCCACGCUCCUUGCGAGGGCGGAAAUCCCUGGCCCCGUGGCAGAGGCCCUCCGGCUCGGCUUGGUCGUUCUGGGGGCCCCGAUCGGCCACGGAGCUUUCGUCGCCCAACACCUGGAGGCCAUCCUGGAAGAACACCGCCGCUUGCUCGCGAGGACACCACACGUCGGGGACCUGCAAUCCUCGUGGCUCCUGCUCAGCAUGUGCGCCAACCCCCGGGCCAACUUCUUCCUGAGGGCGCUGGCUCCCGAGGACACGGCCGCCUUCGCCGCAGCGCACGACGACAACCUGGCCAACGCGCUAGCCGACUUGCUGGAACUCCCGCAAGAAGCUGUCGCAGAAGGCACCGCGUCCAGGACGGCGCCGGCGGCCUGGUGGGCUUUCUGGGCAGACUGCGCGCAGAUGCUCCGCGAACGCUGCCCCGAGCUCACAAACCAGAUCUGCGCUGCACUGAGCGAGCUGGACCGGGGCCCGCUGCCGGCCGCUCCCGGGUGCUUACAACAAGCCAGCAGGGCAAAGGAGCACCUCUCGGGGCACGGCUUCGCCGCGCCCAACUGGCACGACCUUGCGCAGGGCGCUCGGCCACCGCCGACGCACGAACGGGAGCACGGCGAAUGGGCGCACGGCUGGCAGUUCUGGGCCGCCAGAGUCUUGGAGAACACAGCACGACAGCAGCUCCUCAACGCCUCCACGCCGCCGGACCGCGCCCUCCUCCGGUCACAGAGCGGGCCGUGCGCGGGACGAGCCUUCACCGCGCUGCCCACGACGGGGGACUUCCACAUCCCGCCGGCAGAAUUCAGAGUCCUGCUCCUCAGGCGCUUGCGAUUUGAUUCACCCUUCGCAGCGAGCGCUUGCAGAUGCAGAGGCAGACUGGACGCCAGAGGUGACCACAGAGCGGCGUGCCCAAGGGCAGGGGUGCUCAAGAAGAGAUCCAUCCCAUUUGAGAAAGCGGCUGCACGUAUCUGCCGCGAGGCCGGGGGCCGAGUCGCAGAGAAUCAGCUCCUGCGAGGCCUCAACGUGGACGGCGUCGACCCCCGCGACGGGCGCAAGAUCGAGGUCAUCGCGAACGGCCUGCCGCUCUGGGGAGGAGCGCAGCUGGCGAUUGACGCGACCCUGGUGUCGCUAGUCCGCACCGACGGCACCGCGCAGCCCAGAGCCGCGGACGAGGACGGAGUCCAGCUCGCGGUCGCGCGGGGCCGGAAGGAAGCGACCUACCCCGAGCUCAUCGGGUCAAGGAGAUGCCGAUUGGUUGUGCUGGGCUUGGAAGUCGGCGGCAGGUGGUCCGAGGAGGCCCUGACCUUCGUCCGGCUGCUCGCCAGGACCAGAGCCCGCAGCGCGCCGCAGCGACUCCGAGCGUCGGCGCGGGCGGCGUACCUACACCGCUGGACAGGCUUGGCUGCGGUCGCGGCCCAGAGGGCGUUCACGGCCACGCUGCUGGAGUUGCCGCCGCACACCCGGGCCGUCGACGGGGACGAGCCGCACCUCGCCGAUCUCCUGGCGGACGCCCGCUACACGGAGACGCCGGCCCUUAGCCGACUGCCGCCGUGUUUCUGA